AUGCCGCGUCCGCCGGCUCCCGCCGCUCCGUUCCCUUGGCGCCUCUCGCGAGAACUGGCUGGGCUUCUUCCUCCUCCGCGCCCGAGGACGUCAUGGGAACGGAAGCGUCGGGACCCGCGAGCGCCCUCGCGCGGACCGCUGGCGCAGUGCAGGCCCUCCCUUCGCUCCCCUCCCUCGCCUCCGGAAGGGGUCUACCACCUGGCGGUCGCGCCCGCCCCCGAACCGCCUAAGGAGGAAUCCGGGGGACUCCCGGGGCGGCGAGCAUGGAAAACUGGAACGGACCCCGUGUUUGCCGCCCCUCCCCUUGCCGGUGCCCUCCCCGAGUCGAGCCUGGGUUUGCUUGGAGGCCCAGACCAAGGCUCCCAGAGGAAACUGGGCCUGUCAGAACAGGGGCGGACAUUGACCACCCAAGUCCCCGAAGCCGGGGCCCCAACUUGUGCGGACCCUCAGCCAGCCCACCCCACCCCACUACCAAAGACUGCAUCGGGAUGGAGCUUCCAGAAACACUCAGGUGCAAAUCCUGCCACCAGCAGCGCGCUGACCUUGGACAAGAAGGGCAUUUGCUUUCAAAAAAUAAAGGCCCUUUCCGACUUCAAGAUGCCUGGUGACCAUAUCAUCGCAGGACUGUUCCCCAUCCACUCUGUCUAUGAUGAAGUCAGACUCAAACCUGAGGUAACUCUAUGUGAGAGGUCCAAUGGCUUCAAUCAACAUGGCUACCACCUCUUCCAGGCCAUGAGGUAUGCCAUAGAGGAAAUCAACAACUCCAGCUCUCUGCUUCCCAAUAUCACCCUGGGCUACGAGCUCUACGAUGCAUGCUCAAAGUCUGCGAAUGUGUACGCCACACUGAGCAUUCUCUCUCAGCAGAGCAGCAAUCGCAUCAGAAUUCCUGAAAACUUCUUCAGCUAUUACCCCAAGGCGGUGGCAGUGAUCGGGCCAGAUAACACCGAGCUGACCUCUGUGUCUGCAUCCUUACUGAGCACAUUCUUGGUCCCCCAGAUCAGCUACGGAGCGACCAGCAUGAUGUUCAGCGACAAGUGGAAGUACCCCUCCUUCCUGCGCACCAUCCCGAGUGACAAGCACCAAGUUCACACGAUAGUGAUGCUGCUGAAGGAGUUCGGGUGGUCCUGGAUCUCGGCGAUCGGCAGCGAUAAUGACUAUGGCUGGCUUGGGCUGCAGUUGCUGGAGGACUUGACCACCGAACAGAAAAUCUGCAUCGCCUAUAAGGAUUUUGUGCCCAUUUCAGCCCAACCUGAUGACGGCGUGAUGCAGGAUAUGAUGCUCUCCAUCACCAACUCAGGCACGACGGUGGUGGUGGUCUUCUGCGACAAAGGGCUGGCCCACGUCUUCUUUAAGGCCGUGGUGCUACGGAACGUGACCAACAAAGUGUGGCUGGGCACGGAAGCCUGGUCCAUCUCCACUUACAUCACCCAGGUGCCCGGCGUUUCAAGGAUUGGGACGGUGAUUGGCGUCGCAAUCCGGCAGCGGCAGAUCCUCGGCUUGACAGCGUUUGAAGAGGCUUACAUCCGGGCCAAGAAGGCCUCAGAGUCAGCAGCUGAGCCUGCCCAGAAUGGGGACCAUCACAUCUGCAAUCAGCACCUGCCUUUCACAGCAGAUAUCACCUCUGAGCUGAGCUCCUCUUCUAUGAAUGCAGCCUACAGCGUCUACACUGCCGUGUAUGCCGUGGCCCGCGGGCUACACCAGCUCCUGGGCUGCCCUUCAGGGGUCUGUGCCACAGGCAGGAUCUAUCCUUGGCAGCUGCUGGAGGAGAUCAAGAAGGUGAAUUUCAUACUGCACGGAAAUACUGUGUCCUUCAAUAAAUAUGGAGAUCCGGUCAGUGGCUAUGAUAUUAUUACAUGGGACUGGAAUGGCCCUAAUUGGACCUUCAAAGUCAUUGGAGCUUCCACAUGGUACCCAGAUCGCUUGGAAAUAGAUGGGACUAAAAUCCUCUGGCACCAAGAAAAAAACCAGGUGCCUCGAUCAGUGUGCUCUGAGGAGUGUCAAGCAGGAGCGGCCCGGAGGAUAGUGGGACUGCACCACUGCUGCUUUGAAUGUAUACUCUGCACAGCUGGGACCUUCCUCAACCAAAGUGAUCAGUACACUUGCCAGCCAUGUCAGAAAGAUGAAUGGUCCCCGGAGGGCAGCCAGACCUGCUUCAACCGCACCGUUGAGUUCCUUCCCUGGCACCAUCCAGUCUCCUUGGUGCUCAUGGGGGCUAACACCCUGCUGCUCCUCCUGUUGGCAGGGGUGGCCAGCCUGUUUGCCUGGCACCUGGACACUCCUGUGGUGAGAUCGGCGGGGGGCAGGAUGUGCUUCCUCAUGCUGGGCUCCUUGGCAGGUGCCGGCUGCAGCCCCUACUGCUUCCUUGGGGAGCCCACAGCACUCACCUGCCUGCUACAGCAAUCUCUCUUUGCUCUGGGCUUUGCCGUUUUCCUAUCUUGCUUAACCAUUCGCUCCUUCCAGCUGGUCUUCAUCUUCAAGUUGUCAGCCAAGAAGCCCACCCUCUAUCAUUCCUGGGUGCAGAACCAUGGACCCGGCAUCUUUGUGGCGACAAGUUCGACUAUCCAGCUGCUCAUAUGUAUCACGUGGCUGGUGGCCUGGACCCCCUGGCCCACCAAGGAAUAUAACAGGUUCCCCGAGCUGGUGGUGCUGGAGUGUUCCAGGGCUGGCUCUCCGGGCUAUAUGCUGAGCAUUCUCUACACCUGGCUGCUCUCCAUCAGCUGUUUCACCUGGAGCUAUCUGGGCAAGGAUCUGCCCGAGAACUACAACGAGGCCAAAUGCAUCACCUUCAGCCUGCUCCUCUACUUUAUUUCCUGGAUCGGCCUGGUUACCACUUUCAGUGUCUACCAGGGUAAAUACCUGCCAGCCAUCAACGCGUUGGUCAUCAUGAGCAGCCUCAGCGGUGUUUUCAGCGGCUACUUCCUCCCCAAGUGCUAUGUCAUCCUCUGCCGCCCAGACCUCAACACUACGGAGUAUUUCCAGGCCUCUAUCCAAGAUUACACACAGCGCUGCAACUCCUCCUGAGGGCUGCAGCUUAGGCGGGGAGAGAAUGCAUGGAUGAAUGGAUGGAUGGAUGGAUGGAUACUCUGGGUUGGGUAGAGGAAUGGGAUGAGGAAAUGAGAAGUCUCUACCGACAUAUUCUUUUCUCCUGAACUUUGGUAGUUAUAAUCACAGAAUCUGAGCUGGAAGUUCAGAGGCUAGUCCAAAUCAUAGCUCUUCAGCACAGCUCCACCGUCAGAUUGAUGCUCAAGAGCUAUAAAAUCCAAUCCACACCUAAUCAAAGUGUCUCCUCAGGCAUUUUUUUCAAUCUCUACUUGAAGACAUCCAGUUUUAAUAAAGAAUUCUUUAUCUGAAGAGAUAAUCUGUUCAAAUUCGAAAUAGCUUUAAUCCUUUGGAAGUUUUGCCAGACAUUAAGCCUAAAUUUCUUUCUAUCAACUUCCACUGCACUUUAGGAUUUAGAGCUGGAAGGGAUCUUGGAACACUUGGGUGGAACUCUGGCUUUGAGUUAACAAAUGGGCUAAUAAAUGGACUUAGAACUGGAAUACAUGAGCUCUUCCAGUAUGCCAUCAUUUUUACAAAUGAGGAAACUGAGGCCCAGAGUUAUUUGCCCAAAGUUACAGUUAUGUGGUAGGAAUAGGAACUCAAAGCCUGAUUCUCUGACUCUGGUGCUCUUCCUGAUAUGCUACCCUUUUAAGUAAUAGGAUCUAAAACCAAGGAGGACUUUGCCUACUCCAAAU